ACAAGUUGCAACAAAUAUAACAGUAAAAUAAAAUAACGGGACUCACUUGCAUAGUGACGCUUAAAAAUUGCGCUUCGUUUAUUUGUGGUAUUUAAUUGUGAAAAAAUGGAUAAUCCUUUAAAUAACUUAUUAAUAAAUAUAAAAAGUUACUUUGUGCCUUCCUCUCAUGAGGUGGAAUAUGAAAAUUAUGGAAAAAUAGCAACUUUAAUAAGAAUUCAUAGUGAAAAAUUGCAGCAAUCUGGAGAUGUAAGUUUUCCUUGUAAAACAGAAAUUUGGCUAAAUUAUUUUCCCGACUGCAGUAGAAAACUAAAUGAAAGUGCUUUCCAACUCGCAAAAGUCGAAGAUGAAGUUGCCGAACAAGAAAAAAUUAAGUUUUUGGAGGCAGCCAAAGAAUGGCUCUUCCCGGUAGCGAAAUUAGUAGUGAGGCAGGAAAGGAUACAUCUGCAUUUGCAUAGGAGUGUUAUUGUAGCCCGUUUAGUGCCUGAUGUCUUAACAAGUGACAAUUAUGGUCAGCUGCAAAAAUUGGCCAAUAAGAAAGUUUAUCUCAAUCAACUGUUGGAAAAUUGUACGCAAGAUGAUUUAUCAUUUUAUAGAAGCAAAUUAAUGCACAAUGUAUUGCAAAAGCUACUUCAAUACUCCAGGUGGCAUCAAGUGGACAAUAAAGAAGAAAACAUCGAAAACAACUCCAUUAUUUAUGUACAAGUUCAAAGUGUUGCCUCGAAAAUGGUCGAAAACAAUUGUGUUAUUAUCAAGUGUGGUUUAGUAACCGAUCCCAGCAACAAUGGUAAACGCUGUUUGUUGUCAACAAAUGAUUAUUUGAGUAUUCGCUCGAAUGACAUGACAUUAAUGGCUUUACAUAAAUAUGGGAUACGUGUGAAACAGGAUGCUCGCUUUUGUGCCUUAAUGGAACGUUUAGGUUCUGCUGCUGCCACCGUAGAUCUCUUGGAAGUCAAACAUACUAGUCCUGUGCAAAUUAUACUCAAUGGCCAGGGCAGCACAAAAGGUGCUUCAUUUAUUUUAUAUAACUCGGCAAGAUUGGAGACAAUUUUAAGAACUUUCCAAGAAAGAAUCGAAGAAGGAGAAUAUGAACCUUUACCACCGAUUGAUAGUAUACAAUGGGAGUUGCUUAUUGAAGAGGAAGAAUGGCAAUUAGUUUAUGCUUACUUAGCUGGUUUUCCUAAUCUCAUAGAUCGUUGCCUGGAACAACUAGAACGUGGUUUAUGUUCCACCCACUUAAUAAUACAUUUUCUACAUGGCCUGGUUGCCAUCUUCAGUGUUUACUAUCGAAGAAUACGAAUUUUAACGGAAAAACGUGAUCACUUGAUGCCCUACGUUUAUGCUCGUAUUUAUCUAAUUAAAGCUGUACGUGAAGUACUUAAUAAAACAUUGGCUUUAUUAGAUAUCGAACCAGUUGAAUUUAUGUAAGAUAUGUAAAAAGUAAAUCUGCA